CUUCAUUCACCCACACGUGGUGAAGGAAGCCCGCUUACCCACGAUAGGGUCUCCGACUUCCAUCUUCGUUACCCUAGGGGAUGACAAGGCCCAGCGCUUCUUCGAUCAGACGGUUACCGACCUCCCCUUCUUCCUCACUCUCGAGCCGACUGAUCGUUCCCCGGCGUCUCAUCGCCACCGCUGCUCUGCACAUUUCGAUGUGAUGGAGACGGGGUACGACUUCAUUCUCGGCACUCCGUGGUCUCGUCGGUUUCGCAGCACCGAGGCCGAUUGGGCGACCAACACUCUUGUUCUCAAAACGAAGUGUGGACAGACGUAUCGCGUACCUUUCAUAGGUAUCACGGCGACAUCACGCCCCGAUCCUCCUCCCCUGGACCCUUCAGUGCCCACACCAUCUCCCUCUAUCACUGUCACCUCGCCUCGGCAGUUCGCUCACUUCAUUCGACAGGACGACGUCACCUUCUUUAUGGUGGACGUGACGGAUCUCUUAUACUAUGAUCCACCCUGUCCCGACGCUGAGCUCAUCCCUCUGGAGCUAGAUCCUCCCUCUAUCUCCAUGGCACCCAUCUCUACUUCCGUCCCUCCGCCGUCCGUCGAGUCCACACCGCUGUCGCGCGCUGACGCUGACGCUGAGGAACUCGCACAAUAUACGGCUGACUUGGAGCCCGCAGUUCGUGACCUCAUCCGAGAGUACCACGACGUUUUCCCAUUGUCGUUCUCGUACGCUGGCAUCCCACCGAUGCGUGACGUCGAGCACUCCAUUCAGCUUGUGCCUGACUAUCGUGUUCACCACCAGGCACCUUACAGACUCUCGAUCCCCGAGGCCACCGAACUCAAGCGUCAGCUUGAGGAGCUCCUUAGACUGGGUUUCAUUAAACCCAGCAACUCCCCGUGGGGUGCACCCGUCCUCUUUGCUCGCAAAGCGGGCGGAACUCUCCGUCUCUGCAUCGACUAUCGAGGUCUCAAUCGCUACACGAUUAAGAACAACUACCCCAUGCCUCGUUCCGAUGAGCUGUUCGACCGCCUAGCAGGCAACCGCUUCUUUACGAAGAUUGAUCUUCGUAGCGGUUACCAUCAGAUCCGCGUCGCUGCAGCCGACCAGCCGAAGACAGCGUUCCGAUCGCGCUUCGGCCACUACGAGUUUACGGUGAUGCCAUUCGGCCUCACCAAUGCACCCGCUACCUUUCAGAGGGCGAUGAACGACAUCUUCAGGGACAUCCUGGAACAGUACGUUCUCGUUUACCUCGACGAUAUCCUGGUCUACAGUCGUACCCUUGAGGAGCACCUCAGACACCUCCGUGACGUCCUUGACCGCUUGCGCAGACAUGGCUUAUACGCCAAGCUGAGCAAGUGUCGCUUUGCCCAGCACAAAGUGGAUUACUUAGGACACUACGUGUCUGACCAGGGUCUCCACAUGGACGAUGCGAAGAUCAUUGCUAUUGCGGAGUGGCCCGCCCCCACAUCCGCCAAGCAGCUUCGCAGCUUCCUAGGCCUGACCAGCUACUAUACUACUGACGAGCCUUCUAUUGACUAUUCUCCUAUCAUCGCCGAGGACGGCACUGUCGAGUCUCGCUCAGGUGAUUGUCCGAUAGCCUUCUACUCCCGUCAGCUCCUGCCCGCCGAGAUAAACUACACUGAUGAUGAACGUGAGGUUCUCGCAGUAGUUUAUGCCGCUCAGCACUGGCGUCACUACUUGCAUGGGGCAACAUUCACGGUGCGCACGGACAACUCUGUUGUCCAGGCUUUUCUGACAAAGCYGAAGCUCACUCCUCGACAGGCUCGCUGGUGGCGCAACCUAUCCGAGUUUAGUUUCACCACUGAGCACAUCAAGGGUGAGACUAAUCGGGUCGAAGAUGCCCUAUCCCGGCGCCCUGACCACGACCAGGAGCACAUCCAGCUCUCUUCCAUCUCGGUCAUCACCAUCCACCACUCGGUGAUUGACGAGUUUCGCACUCAGUACCGCCACUGCCCCGACUAUCGCGACAUCCACGCGACCCUUCAGAGUGGCAAGACCGUCCCGAACUACUCUCUCGGGGACAACGGUCUUGUGUACUGGCACGGUUCACAGGGCACCAGAGAGCCCCGUAUUUGCGUUCCCUCCACUGGACAGCUACGUGUCCGAGCAGUAGCAGAGUUCCAUGACCAGGCAGUUGUCGGUCAUAUGGACUUCCACAAGACGUUGGCUCGUAUGAGCCGCCUGUACGUCUGGCCAAAGCGCAAGGACUUUGUGAAGGACUACGYCGCAGAGUGUCCCACCUGUCAGGAGGUGAACAGUGCGAACCACCURCCUUAUGGUUUGCUCCAGCCUCUUCCUAUCCCUGAGGGUCGUUGGCAGUCCAUCACGAUGGACUUUAUCGGUCCUCUUCGUCCUCCGACCCCUCGCGGUCAUGAUGCUAUCCUGGUCGCCGUCGACCGCUUCACGAAGCGUGCACGCUUUGUCCUGUGCCGCUAUGCCAUCAGUGCACGUGAGGUCGCUGACAUCGUAUUUGACCGAGUCGUGCGUGAUCACGGCUUACCUCUGAGCAUCAUAUAUGACAAUGACCCGCGCUUUACUAGCCGAUUCUGGCGACGGCUCCACGAGGUGUACGGCACUCAGCUCCGCUUCUCCUCGUCUUACCAUCCUCAGACUGAUGGUCAGACCGAGAUCAUGAACAGGACUCUCGGAGAUAUUCUUCGAAAGAUUGUUCCUGACGACCAGCAGUGGGAUCUUCAUCUUGCCCACGCGGAGAUAGCCUACAACCACGCCGUCUCGUCAGCCACGGGGAUGUCGCCUUACUAUUGCGACCUCGGCUAUCACCCUCGUAGGGCCUAGCUCAGUUGGUAGGGCACAAAAGUUUUUUUUUUUUUUUUUUUUUUUUUUUAAUCACUCAAAAAAAAACAGCUUCUCACUGGAUUGAUUGAUUAGUAUAAUGUAGCAUGUACC